UGUGGAAGAUAUGUUGGCAAGUGUCAUUCUCCAUGUAGAAGUUGUGUCAUUGAAAUUUGUCACAUGGAAGGGAUGCCACACUCUUUGCUAAUCUGUGACCUCUUUCUUCAUGCAGCUAUAGUUCAGAGAAGAAAUCCAAAGCAUCCUCUACUUGGUGUGUCCACAGGAAUGCUACUCAAGGGAAGAAUGCUACUCUGUAGAAGUUGUGUAAUGAAGUUCUUAACCUGGAAGGAAUGCUGCACAUAACAUGAAUGCUAACCUGUGAUCUGGGAUGGUUUAAUACUGUGGCAUUUCUCAGGGUAGAUGAAAGUUUUGAGUCCUGGUUUACCAGUUUAUGCUAGGUUUAAAGCAAGUAUUCUGUUGGGCAAAUGUGUUGGUGCGUCUUUUGGAUUCCCCACAAUCUAGUAGUUAUCGUCUUUACCUUCAUAGUUAACCUUAUAAUGCCAUGAAUGAAGAAACUAACAAUGUAUUUCUAUCUUCAAUGCAAUUAUACCAGGUUAAUCACUCAGAGCAUUGUUCUUUUUCUCAGCCUGACAAAAGGAAAAGCUUACUUCUCUCAAAUUUUGAGGCACUUUUCAGAAUCUUCAUAGCUGGCUACAGCUACAGAUUGUGGACUAACAAAACACAUUCAACAACUAAGAGGUUUUGAUACUGAGUUUCAGCUUGAGAAGUAGCUGAGUAUUUAGCAGGUGAAAUAAAGAACAAUGAAGCUGCUACUUGCUACUGAGUUGUAGUGACUUGAAACCUCAAGCUUUGCUAUGCUGGCUGUCACAUACGGUAACAUCCAAUCUUCUUGUAAUUGCAUUCUGCAGCAGCCAUGGUACUAGCUGUUGAGUUUCCUCAUGUUUGGAAUCAUCUUCCUUUAGAAUCCCAAAUGUGCCUAAUCCCCUGUUUUGCUGUUAGGUAAUUAGACUGUCUUUUCUGUUCAAUUUUUUCUGGCUAUACGUCAAGUUGCUUCUAAUUCCUAGCACCAGUGACAACUAUAAAUUUGAUGUGAAUAAGGAUUUACUUUGUUAUGAGUAUAUUCACUUUCUUUUUCUUAAUAAUACCUCCUUUUGGUGUAUGUAUCUGAUGGAGCAAUGGGUUGAAGGCUGAAUUGAUUUCAAUUCCUGGCUGAAAUUUUAUUUAGCAGAGAUGGUAAGUCUUAGGAAAUCAUCGAAAUUAUGACAUUCCUUAGACCAAAGUCUCGUUAUAGCAAGUAUGGCGUUUUAAAAUGAUCAUGCCGUAGGAGUGGAGCUGUAAACAAGUCUGACCACUAGAGUAUACAGAGUAUAUGAGCUCAUGUUCAACUUGUACUUAUGGAGCUCAAGUUUCAUGGAGCAUGGAAGAGUCGAGCUCAACUUGCGUAGGGAACAAGCUCAAGUAUGUCGUUUAGCAAACAAGUCAGACCCUUUUAAGCAGGCGGCUUAACUAAUCAGAGCUUGAGACCAUGAUAAACGUUUUAAGUUCAAACCUUUGACAUGGAGUGGGAUUUGAAAAAGGUUUUUCUUUUACAUACAAGGUUACAUGGUCAAUAUUUUUCUGUGUCUUUUGCAUUCAAAUCAUAUAAAAAUACCUGUUUUCAUUUCAUAAGGAAAUGGCUGUUCCUGAUUGGAAGAAAUCAAUUUAAGUAAU